UCCAACGCUUGCUGUCUACUGCAGGGCUGUGGAGACCGGGAGGGGACCUCUGCGCUGGGUGCUGGGGGAAGGCUCUGCGUUGCCCAUGGCUGGCCAGGACCCUGCACUGAGCACAAGCCACCCGUACUACGAUGUGGCCAGACAUGGCAUCCUGCAGGUGGCAGGGGACGACCGCUGCGGGAGACUCAUUGUCACCUUCAGCUGCUGCCGGAUGCCCCCCUCGCACGAGCUCGACCACCAGCGGCUGCUGGAGUACCUGAAGUUCACGCUGGACCAGUACGUGGAGAACGAUUACAGCCUCGUCUACUUCCACCACGGCCUCCACGGCGGGAACAAGCCGUCCCUGGGCUGGUUGCAGAGCGCCUACAAGGAGUUUGACAGGAAGUACAAGAAGAACCUGAAGGCGCUCUACGUGGUGCACCCCACCAGCUUCAUCAAGGUCCUCUGGAAACUCUUCAAGCCGCUCAUCAGUCACAAGUUUGGGAAAAAGGUCACCUAUUGCAGCUCCCUGAGAGAGCUCCGGGAGCACCUCCAGUGUGACCAGCUGCCCAUCCCCCAAGAGGUGCUGCGGUAUGACGAGAAGCUCCGUGACCUGCACAGGGGGCUGCCGCCUCCUGAUACCAAGAAGCCACCGCCCCGGCCGCCUCUGCCCACCCAGCAGUUCGGCGUGAGUCUGCAAUACCUCAGAGACAAGAAUCAAGGAGCGCUCAUCCCCCCGGUGCUGCGGCUCACGGUGACCUACCUGCGGGAGAAAGGUGAGAGCCAGCGUCCAGCCAGGGCACGCGAGCAGCUGGUCCCCGCCCAGGGGGUCAGUGUCCAUCCUGAGCAUCCCACAGGCCAGCGGCUAGAGGAGCUGGAACCCAGCAGGGGGUGGCCGGGAACAGAAAGGUACCGGCACAGGGGCUCCUGGCGUGGCCUGACAGGUUGGCUUCCAGUCCCCACUCCCCUGUGGAAGCCCGUGAACUUCGAUGACUAUGGGGACAUCCACGUCCCUGCCGUGGUCCUGAAGACCUUCCUGCGGGAGCUGCCCCAGCCGCUGCUGACCUUCGCGGCCUACGAGCAGAUCCUCGGGAUCACCAGUGUGGAGAGCAGCCUCCGCGUCACCCGCUGCCGCCAGAUCCUGCAGAGCCUCCCCGAGCACAACCACGCCGUGCUGCGCUACCUCAUGGGCUUCCUGCACGAGGUGUCCCGGGAGAGCCUCUAUAACAAGAUGAACAGCUCCAACCUGGCCUGCGUCUUCGGGCUGAACCUCAUCUGGCCGUCCCAGGGCUUGUCCUCGCUGAGCGCCCUGGUGCCCCUGAACCUCUUCACUGAGCUGCUCAUCGAGUACCAUGAGAAGGUCUUCAACCCCCCAGAGGCCCCCGGGGAGCGCGCCCCGGGCCCCACGGAGGCAAGCGGGCAGGGCAGCCCCCUCUCCAGGCAGUGUGCCAGGGUGGGGGCACCCCCGGCCUCACCAUGCCUGUCCCGCCUCUGUAUCCCCUGAGGGUGGCCAGGAGACACCUCUCUUGUUGGAUAUGUCCCCCCAGCCCGUGCGUCUGUGUCCCAGUGUGUGUUUGUGAACUUGCCAUCCGAGAUAGUAAUCAGGCAUUAAAUGAACGUGGAACUGUGGCCAA